AUGAGCAGCACAUUUGUGACAUUAGCUGAAGUGUUGGAGGCUCGAGGGGGCCCUCUGCUGGAGGAGGAGGUCUGGUCCCUGCUGCUGGCCACUGCAGAGUCUUUAGUAGAUGUCUCUUAUAAGGGUCAGAACAAUAUGUGUAAUAUCAUAAGCCCCACCUCCCUGCUGCUAUCAGCCACUGGGAGCUUAGCGUUUAAGAACUGUGGCCUAUCAGAUGAGGUUUCCACCUUCACCGCUCCAGAGAUGCUGCAGGGCCGCGCCAGCUCAACCAAGCCUGCCAUAGAGAGAAUGCUGGUGUAUUCACUGGGUAUGACUCUCUACUGGUCGGUUGAUUUUCAGCUACCUCAAAAUCAGCCAGUCCAGUUGAGUGACCACCUGAACAGCCUCCUCCUCAGCAUGUGCGAGGACCUGUCCCACCGCAGGAUCAAUCUCAGCUCCAUCCUGGAAGCCUGCGAGUCUCAGCACAAAGCCUCCACCCUGCCUCCGCCUGCCAAAGUCAUCCGACAGCUGGUGGAGGAGGUUUUUCAUGAAUCAAUGGACCAGGGCUCUCUGCCUGACAGCAGCGUCCCUCUGAGCGGGCGGAGUCAGAUGAUCAGAGAGAGACUUCAUGGAAAGAGGGGGGCUUUCUCAGACUUCAGCGAGGGGAGCGCUGAGGGGAGGAGGUACUCAACGGACUCUGACUCAAAGUCAGGGAGUCUACCUCAGAGACCUUGGAGACGGAGACCAAGGAGCUCUCCCACGCCGCUGUACCAAUCGUCCUUAGAUAGACUCCCUCGUGGGGUUCGUCACAGGGACAGUAACUGCAGUUGGCUUGGCGGGAGCCCCCACCACAACAUCUCACCCAAGACAUCGGGCAGAUCUCAGAGUCCCUCCAUCACCUUCAGUGAGUCUUCGCUCAGCCUGAGCCAGAGGAAAGCUAAGGCUUUGGGUCCUGAGUUCGUCAGGAUGCCAGAUGAACAACAAAUAGUCCUUGAGCUUCCAGGAUCUAUCGUGUCCAAAAAGGGACGUUCUUGCUCGUCGCAGAGAGAAGUGACCGUGAUGCUUCCGAACGGACAGCAUGUGGUGGUUCGAUGUGACAUCAAGUCCAAAGCACGCGAUGUGUUCGACAUGGUGGUGGCUCAUGCAAACUUGGUGGAGCACUUCUACUUUGGUCUUGCCUUCCUAGAUGAUGAUGAAUAUUUCUUUUUGGACCAUGAAACGAAGAUCUCCAAAGUUGCGCCUGACAGCUGGAAAAAAGGACAGAUAACCUCCUUCCUGGUGUUUCUUCGAGUGAAAUUUUUUGUUGAUGAUAUCUCUUUCAUUUUGCACAGACUGACUCGUCAUCAGUACUACUUGCAGCUGCGUAAGGAUAUCUUGGAGGACAGGCUGUACUGCAAUGAGGAGACGGGCUUGUUUCUGGUCGCUCUCGCUCUGCAGGCGGAGUUUGGUGAUUACUUACCAGAGUUGUAUGGGAAGAACUACUAUCAGCCAGAGCAUUAUGUGUCCAGGAGGAUGCUGGAGAAGCUGGCCCUGCCUAAUAUCAAGGAGGAGUUACCAAGACUACAUUCAAGUCACGCUCACAUGCUCCCUGAAGAGGCUGAAACUGAGUAUCUCAAGAUUGCCCAGCAGUUGCCAGAGUAUGGAGUUAUGUUCCACCGGGUGGGGAGAGAGAAAAGGCCGGUUAUUGGAGAGUUGGUUCUAGGAAUCUGUGCCAAAGGAAUCAUCGUGUACGAGAUGAAGAAUCACCUCCGGACAGUCACCAGGCGCUUCCCUUGGAGGGAAACCGACUCCAUAGCCACUGGGCGGCGUAAACUGAUCAUAGAGUGUGGCGGGCCCAGCGGGAGAAAGCAUGGUUUUGUAACAGAAAGCUCAAAAAUAGCACAGUACCUUCUGAAUCUCUGCUCAGCACAGCACAAGUUUCAUAGCGAGAUGACGUCACGACAACUCAACCACACCUUGAUACCAGAUGAAAACAUGGAAAAGUAUCUGUCUAUGUACCACGGUCGUAACUUGAACCUGAAGCGAAUGUCCUGCUCAGAGGGCAUGUUAAACCAUGUAGGUUUACCACCUGGUCAGCCAGACUCCAUCUCCAAGUCCUGUGAUGACCUGACGGCUAAGCUGGAGGCCCGGCUACGCCAGCAAAGAGAGAUGAGGAGAGAGAUGAGCAGAGAGCUGAACAAGGAGCUCUCUGACUCAGGAGACCAGAGGGACACCAGGGAGCGACAGUGCUGGAGCACCACAGAGACAAUUCCCAGAGGCACGUCCAGUGUGUCGCUACAGAAGCAGGACUCGGAUGCCUCUUCAUCCAUUAGAGUGGAAACACCAACCAGGACCCCACCAGAGAGAGAGAUAGUCUGUGUGAUCCUGAAGAAGGAUCCUAAACUGGGCUUUGGUUUUGUGAUUGUGGGCGAGGACAAUACAGGUAAACUUGACCUUGGGAUCUUCAUUGCUUCCAUUGUGCCUGAUGGGCCUGCAGACAAGGAUGGACGAAUAAAACCAGGUGGACGUCUCAUCUCCCUCAACAAGACAAGCCUGGAGGGCGUGACAUUCAGUGACGCGGCUGCUAUCUUACAGAGCAGCCCUGAUGAGGUGGAGCUCAUUGUGUCCCAGCCUAAACAGUCUCUGAAGGACAGUAAAAGCUCGCUGAGUCAGAGCACUCUGGGUCUGGCGCUGGAGAGGGGCUUUGGGUCACAGACCACCCUCAGUGGCACAGAGUACCGCCCCGCCAUGGAGGAGCUGGAGGAGGCCAUCACCCUAUCCAGUCUGGCCACCCCAAAACUGAACAGGAGGCUUCACAUUCCUGUAGUCAGAAUACACGACGCGCAGGAUGCGUGCUCCAGGUCUCCCUCUAUCUUAAGUCUGAAAACUGGGGAGCGCUUUGCGGUGGAGCUGAGGAAAAGUAGUGGCAGUCUUGGAAUGAGUGUUGCUGGAGGAAUAAACACCAAUGUACGAUUUGGAGGCAUCUACAUCAAGAGUCUGGUGAUUGGAGGAGCUACAGAGCAGGAUGGACGCAUACAGAUCGGUGACAGACUGCUGGAGGUUGACGGGUCCAACCUGAGGGGCGUGACUCACCAACAAGCUGUCGAGUGCCUGAAGAGGACUGGGGAGGUGGUGACCCUGCUGCUGGAAAGAGAGCCAACCAUAAUAUUGGAGCCCAGACCUGAUUCCCCCUGCCCCCUUUUGUCCCACAGUCCAUCACACACACAGGCCCCCAGGACCGAAGUCUCCAUGGAAACAACCUUGAGUGGACGAGCCAAGGACUACAGCUUUGUGACUGAUGAAAACACGCAUGAAGUGGUGCUGCAGAAGAGUUUGUCCGGCCUCGGCUUCAGCUUCAACAUCUCGCGGCUGCACUCGGGGACCGACAGCGGCAGCGUGGUCAGAAUCAAACGCCUGUUCCCGGGUCAGCCAGCCCAGGAGAGCGGCCUGCUGCGAGAGGGAGACAUCAUCCUGUCUGUGAACAGAGAGCCUGUGAAAGACCUCUCUUACCAGAGAGUUUUAUUCCUCCUACGUGGAGCUCCAUCUGAAGUUCAUCUAGUGAUCUGCAGACCAGGUCCUGGAGUGUUUUCUGUCGUAGAUGACAACACACUGAGUCCUGCAUUCUUCAGAGAGGUUCGAUCUCGGUCUCUAGACAUCAAACUUGGAGAAGACUACAGCCAGCUGCUUAAAUUCCAGUGUGAUAUCAAAAUACCCAUCCAGAAACAAGCCCCCCCUCUGGACGAAGAUCUGAACAACACAGCAGAGAGAAACCCAGAACCUCCUGUAGCUCCUGCGCUCCCAGAGCCUCAGGAGAGUGUUGACGUCAUAAUCCAGACCCACCAGCCUCUCCCAUCUCCUCCUCGCUCGCCCCCGUCGCCAACUUCACCUCCAUCACCUCCAUCACCAGUGUCGCCAGCCUCACCUGCCUCCCCAGCAUCACCUGCUUCACCUGCGCCGGGCUCUCCACCAAAUCCGUCAGAGUCACAACCGACAGCUGGGAAACCACCGGAGGAGGAUCAGGAAGUCAAAGCACAGAAGAAGAACAAGGAGGAAGGAGGAGAGGAGGUUGCAACGACAACAAGCUCACUUGUGAUGCCUUUGGAUGUCUGCCCCAAGACUGCUUCCAACUAUGUUUAUUCCAGUGGAAUCAGAGAGGAGGCAGAUGGAAGCGUGACAUAUUGCCUGAUGGGAAAUGGACUGACGAUCAUGGCUGAUGAAGAGUACCUGACCAUCAGCUCCACCAUGGAGCCUCCUCACAGCUUCCCCUCCAGUCUCACCUCCCACACAACAACAACAACAACACCCAACCUCACAGCCCCCCACACCCAGACCUCCAACACCCCCUCUGGUUUCGGCUCUCAGAAUCCGAACCUCGGCCCUCACAUCCCCACCUCAAACAUCUCACCGCUCAGCCUCUCAUCCGAAACCCCAACCACCUGUACCCUGACCCACCCCUCUCAGCCACUCACAACGCAGCCACCCAAAGCCAAGCACCACCCGAUCCAGCAGGGGCUCCUCCCCAGUCACUACAAAGCCAUGUCCAAGAGCAGCAGGCCUCUAGUGCCUCCGCCCCAGCCUCCUGCUCAGCCACUGACCCCCAUCACAGCCCAGGUCAUGUCAUCUGUGCCUCCCUGUGCAAGUCCACCUGCGCCAACGCUACCGCCCCCAGUGCUGCCUCCUAUCGUCCAGAGCCACACACCGCCCAGGGAAGAACCAGAGAAGAGAGAGAGGGAAUACAAGGAUGAUGAUUCGGAGGACGAUGAGGAUGAGGAAGAGAGUCGAAGAAAGGGUUUGGUUAAAGAGUUUGAGCUGACAGUUGUUCUGAGUAAAUCCAGGAAUGGAAGCUUCGGAUUCACCAUCACUCGCAGCAAACUGGACAACUGCUAUUACAUCCAGGAAAUCCUGGACAACCCGGCCAAGUCGGAUGGACGACUCAGAGCAGGAGACAGACUCAUCACAGUUAACGGGCACAAUGUCACCAGUGUGGCAGAUGAUGUUGCCAUGACAAUUCUCAGGUCAUCUCCAAGAAAACUGAGUAUGACCCUGGGGAGGUCGGUGACCAACCUGGUGGCCCCGCCUCCCUGUGACAGCCUGCCUGAUAUCGUUCUCUACAAGACGCCUUCAGGACAGCUGGGUAUAAAGCUGACAGGAGGCAUUGGCAGCAAAUGGCAGGGCAUCUACUGUCUGGAGGUGGUGCCAGGCUCUCCAGCCAGCGAGGAGGGCACUGUCCAACGCAACGACAAGAUCCUCUACAUCUCUGGCAGGUGCACGCUGGGAAUGACUCUGGAGGAUGCAGUCAAAGCCUGUGAGAUCGCCCCACGAAAAGUCAAACUUAAAAUCAUCAGAGAGGAGCAACCUGUGACCCCAAAGGCUAAGUGGAACGGUCUAUUUGAUUGGAAAAAAGACAGGAAGUUUUUUGCUCGUUUUGAAGAGCCGGACUCUCCAGAAACAAUCUCUCCUACUGAAGAUGUUGAGCCUGUGUGUAGGACUGCUGGGAACUUCAGAUGUCUCCCUUUCACCCAAGACCAAGAUAGUUGCAUCAUGCAAGUAGAGUUCACAAAACCAGAGGGAGGAGGCCUUGGCUUUGCUUUGGUCGGGGGAACUAAUGGCAGCAUGCUCAGAGUGAAAGAAAUAUGCUCUGGUGGAGUCGCUGAGAUGGACGGCAGACUUAGAGUGGGAGAUAUUCUCUUAGAGGUGAACGGUGUGAUCGUAUCCGGCCUGAGUCACAGUAAGGUUGUGGACAUCCUGCGUAAAGCUGAAGGCUCUGUUCAGCUCACUAUCUGCAGAGACAUCAUGCCCCUGACCUACUCUGAGGCGCCCACACCGCCCAACAUGUCCGCUCAGACUGAAGCUAUUUUAGCCGAGCAGCCGGCUCCUGUGUCCAGCCCUGAUGCCUGCACCUCUCCUGACGCCAUACUGAACAAACCAGUCGAUCGCCCUCCUGAGGCAACUUCCGAUCCUUUGCUCAAUGAAGCUGGUGUUGUUUUGACUACACCUCCUCCUCCACCUCACAGACUCACCAUAGUAACAGAUGAGGUUUCAAUCAAACAGGAGAGCUGUGAAAGCACGCCUUCUCAUCAAGCUUGCUGCCCGUCCCUUAAUGUCACUGACAUGUUGCAUGGAGCUUCUGACAGGAAACAAAUUGUGACCAAACUUUUGGACCAGUCCUGUAAAGACAUCCGGAAAUCUCAAUCAGACGGCUGGAGCAGCGAAGAAGAUGACGACGAUGUGUUUCAAGCCACCGGUGUGGAAACAACUUCACCCCAAACAGGCCCACCCAUAGUAUCAGAAGAGGAACUGGCCACUUUAGCUGUCAUUAGUCCUUCUAAGACCAGCCAGUACUCAGGCUCCAGGGUCAAAGCUCUCAUCCAGAUUCUGCAGCAUCAACUGGACCAGCAGGAGCUGAUCAAGGAAUUCAUGGCUCUGGAGCAUCUGAAGCCCUCUGACAACUGCGUGGUGGGAAAAGCCCCUGAGAAUAGAGAUAAGAACCGCUACAGAGACAUCCUACCCUAUGACAAAACUCGUGUUGCCAUUGGAGACAACCAGGACUACAUAAACGCCAGCUUCAUCCGCAUGCAUGUUGGCGAGGAAGAGUUCUUCUACAUCUCCUGCCAGGGCCCUCUGCCCUCCACAGUGCCAGCCUUCUGGCAGAUGAUCUGGGAAAACAAAUCUGACGUCAUCGCCAUGAUGACCCAGGAAGUGGAACGGGGAAGGAUCAAAUGUCACAAGUACUGGCCUGAUAGGCUGAGUGUGCCUCUGGACACCGGCAGGUACCAAAUUUACCUGGAGAACCAGCAGCACCUGGAGUACUUCCACAUCAAGAUGAUCCGCAUGGUGGAGGCAGAGACUGGCGAGACCCAUUUCGUCCGUCACCUGAAGUUCACACACUGGCCUGACCAUGGCGUGCCACAAAGCUCGGAGCAUCUGGUUCGCUUCAUCCGCUAUCUGAGGGCGGUGCAUUACAAAGGACCGCCCACCGUGCACUGCAGCGCCGGCAUCGGACGCACAGGAGUCCUAAUCUGCACCGAUGUUCUCCUGAGCCUCAUUGAAAACGAUCUGCCUAUUGAUGUGACUGAAAUCGUAAAAGAGAUGAGACUUCAGCGACAUGGGAUGAUUCAAACCAAGGAACAGUAUCUCUUCUGCUACAAAGUCUGGUUGGAAGUUUUACAGGAUUUACAGCUUCACGGCAACCAAUGGCAACCGGAAAGUCCCAGAGACCACAAAGUAGUCUGA